AUGAGUGCAGGAGGUUCCGUGCCAGAAGGCGCCAACCAGCACUGCCCCGGAACGGAGGACGAGCAGGCGGGCAAGGCAGCGGCCUGCGCGGGCUGCCCCAACCAGGCCGCCUGCGCGUCCGCCCCCAAGGGAGCCGUGGAUCCCGACCUCGCCGCCAUUGCCGCCCGCCUGGCGCCCAUCAAACACAUCGUGCUGGUGCUGUCGGGCAAAGGCGGCGUGGGCAAGAGCACCUUCUCCGCGCAGCUGGCCUUCGCCCUGGCGGCACGGGGGCUGGAGGUGGGGCUGCUUGACAUCGACAUCUGCGGCCCCUCCGUGCCCAAGAUGCUGGGCCUGGAGGGCGAGGAGAUCCACCAGAGCGGCGCCGGCUGGUCGCCCGUGUAUGAGAACCUGGGGGUCAUGAGCAUCGGCUUCAUGCUGCCCAACCCAGACGACGCCGUGAUUUGGCGGGGGCCCCGCAAGAACGGCCUCAUCAAGCAGUUCCUCAAGGACGUGCACUGGGGGCCCUGCGACUACCUGGUCAUCGACUCGCCGCCCGGCACCAGCGACGAACACAUCUCCAUCGCCCAGUUCCUCAAAGAGGCGCGGGUGGAUGGCGCGGUGGUGGUGACCACCCCCCAGCAGGUCUCCAUCAUUGAUGUGCGCAAGGAAAUCAACUUCUGCAAGAAGACCGGCAUCCCAGUGCUGGGGGUAGUGGAGAACAUGAGCGGCCUACGCCAGCCGCUGUCCACAUUCAAGUUUUACGGCCCGGACGGGCAGGACGUCACGGCAGCCGUGCUGCAGGCGGCAGAGGCGGCCGCAGCGGCGGCAGGCGGCGGCGCGGCGGCAAACGGCGGCGGCAUCGGCGGCGGCGGGGCAGGCAGGGAGGUCAUGGCUGAGACGGCUGUGUUCCAUGCCAGCGGCGGCGGCGCUGCACACAUGGCCGCAGACAUGCAGGUGCCCUUCCUAGGAAGCGUGCCGCUGGACUCAGCGCUGAGCAAGGCGUGCGAGGAAGGGCGCUCGGUGUUUGAGACCGCCGGCGCAGACGGCUCCGCUUCCGGCGGCGGCGGCGGCAGCAGCAGCGCCCCGGCGCUGCGGGCCAUCAUCGACAAGCUGCUGGCUGCCACCGGCGAGGCGGGGAAGUGA